UUCUUUCAUGGACUUUCAAUUUCUUUUCCCAUGGAAACUUUCACCCAUCUCUCCCUAUAAAUUCCUCACCUUCCCUCUCUUACCUUCACUCGCACCCAAUUCCGCUCAUAUCUCUCUAUUCUCUCGUCAACUCGAUAAAGCUGCUUCCCUCCUCUCCUUUCUGUAUGGCAACGCCCGCUCUUUCAUUCCAGGUACGGAGGUGCCAGCCACAACUGGUAGCUCCGGCUAAGCCUACCCCUCAUGAGUUUAAGCAACUUUCUGAUAUCGAUGACCAGGAGGGUCUUCGAUUUCAGAUUCCAGUGAUACAGUUUUAUCGCCGUGAUCCGCGCAUGGAGGGGCGGGACCCGGCGAACGUGAUAAGGGAGGCAAUUGCGAAGACGUUGGUCUUUUACUACCCUUUUGCGGGUAGGUUGAGAGAAGGGCCUGGGCGGAAGUUGUUUGUGGAAUGUACGGGAGAAGGUGUUUUGUUUAUUGAAGCAGAUGCUGAUGUUACUUUAGAACAGUUCGGUGAUGCACUUCAACCACCGUUCCCGUGUUUGGAAGAGCUUCUUUACGAUGUUUCGAAUUCUAAUGGAGUUCUCAAUUGUCCAUUAUUACUCAUCCAGGUGACCCGACUCAAGUGUGGCGGUUUUAUCUUUGCUCUUCGUUUGAAUCAUACUAUGAGCGAUGCAUCUGGUCUCGUCCAAUUCAUGAUGGCGGUUGGCGAGAUGGCGCGUGGUGCGAACAGUCCUUCGAUUCGUCCAGUGUGGAAAAGAGCUCUUUUAAAUGCACGAGACCCACCAGAGGUGACAUGUUGUCAUCGUGAGUACGAUGAAGUGGCCGACACGAAAGGCACCAUCAUACCGCUCGACGACAUGGCUCAUCGCUCGUUCUUCUUCGGCCCAACGGAGAUCGCCACCAUUCGCAAGACGUUACCGAGUCACCUCCAGCAGUGCUCCUCAUUUGAGAUCCUCACAGCUUGUCUCUGGCGCUUCCGCACCAUAUCCCUUCAGCCAGAGCCACAAGAGGAAGUGCGAGUACUAUGCAUAGUCAACUCCCGCUCCAAGUUCAACCCUCCAUUACCAUUAGGGUAUUACGGCAAUGCAUUUGCUUUCCCAGUGGCACUCACCACAGCGGGUAAGCUUUGCCAAAACCCGGUUGGAUAUGCCUUGGAAUUGGUUCGAAAGGCGAAAGCCGACGUGACGGAGGAGUACAUGAAGUCGGUGGCAGAUCUUAUGGUGACCAAAGGGCGGCCUCAUUUCACCGUUGUGAGAUCAUACCUUGUGUCGGAUGUGACGAGGGCUGGCUUCGGAGAUGUGGACUUUGGGUGGGGUAAGGCUGCGUAUGGUGGACCGGCGAAGGGCGGUGUCGGAGCGAUCCCGGGCGUGGCUAGCUUUUAUAUACCGUUCAAGAACAAGAUGGGAGAGAAGGGGGUUUUGGUGCCUUUGUGCUUGCCUGCUCCGGCCAUGGAAAGAUUCGUGGAAGAACUUGAUGGCUUGUUGAAGGGGAAACAGCCCAUUGAUGGCUUCUUCAUUCCAUCUGCUCUGUGAUUAGGGAAACUUGUGAGAGCAAGAAACCAGAAAAAAUCAAAUGUUAGCUAAAUAAAAAUAAGAACAAAAUAAGGUUUGUAAUUUAAGGUUUGUGAUUUAUGAAUUUUUGGGUUAAUUUUGAGCUUAGUGGACAAUUCCUCAUUUGGUA